UGCAUUAUCGUGAGUCCAGAGAGAUCCAGUCGUGAUAUCGAGGAUGUAUUAAUUGCUCUUGGUGCAGAGGUAGUUCUCAUAAAUUGUGAAGCAAGCCAGAAGAACGCCUCUCACUGCGACUACGCGAAAACCCUCGCUCAGGGCAUCAAGAAUUCCUUUCUUCUCGAUGAGAAAACUUCUGCAGUCAAAUCCUUGGCUCAUUCUGAGAAUACAGCCGUCGAAAUAGCCACCGCUCUUAACAAUAAGGUGGAUUUGAUCGUAGUUCCCAUGAGAACAGGAGCUGCUUAUACGGGCAUUUCCAAGUACGUCAAAGAACAUCUUCCUGGUACGAAGGUUCGUUGGUCUGUAAAAUUUCUUCUCUUAUACUUACCGAUUUUCGCUUCUUUGCAUUGUUCUUAA